UGGCAAAAAGCUUGUUCCAGCACUCCGCAAGCAAGGGCCUGCUUGCAGGAUGCUCUGCUGAAAAGCAAGCUGCUUCAUGGCCUGUCAGAAAUAGCUGAAUGACUUCUGUUUCAAACACUGCUUGUUUUUCCAGAUGUUAAAAAGAUUAAUUAUACAUGAUUGGUGACAUAGAAACUAAAGAAUGCCAACUGAAAGAUCCCAUGGAUUUGUUUCAUUCUGGGCAAGUUGUAAAAAUAUGUGCCCCCAUGGUCCGCUAUUCCAAGUUGGCUUUCAGAACCCUGGUUAGGAAAUACAGUUGUGAUUUAUGUUACACGCCAAUGAUAGUAGCAGCUGAUUUUGUGAGAUCUGCAAAAGCGAGGGACAGCGAAUUCACAACCAACAAAGGUGAUCAUCCAUUGAUUGUUCAGUUUGCUGCCAAAGAAGCACAGGUUUUGUGUGAUGCUGCCCGGAUCAUCUGUCCUUUUGCAGAUGGAAUAGACCUAAACUGUGGCUGUCCUCAGAGGUGGGCGAUGGCAGAAGGUUAUGGUGCUUGCUUAAUAAAUAAACCAGAGCUUGUUCAAGAUAUGGUGAGACACGUACGGAAUCAGAUCGACAAACCAAGAUUUUCAGUAUCUAUUAAAAUAAGGAUCCAUGAGGACUUAAAAAGAACAGUUGACUUGUGUCAAAAAGCUGAAGCAACCGGAGUUUCAUGGAUUACAGUACAUGGGAGAAGUGUAGAAGAAAGACAUCAGCCUGUACAUUAUGAUGCAAUUAAAAUAAUUAAACAAAGCAUGUCUAUACCUAUUGUGGCUAAUGGAGACAUUAGAACUUUAAGAGAUGCUGAAAAAGUUCAUCACUUGACAGGAGCAGAUGGCCUCGGGACCAUGACUUUCCAGUGGACGGCAGUUGCCACCUUCCUGUACGGUGAAAUAGGAGUGAUCCUGGUGCUGUGCCUGCCGUUUAUUUCUCCUCUGAGAUGGCAGAAGAUUUUUACGAUUUCUCUAUGGAGCAAAGUGGCAGUUUUUUGGAACAAGAUGUUCCUUACAAUAAUAGUUUUACUGAUCGUCUUGUUUCUUGAUGCUGUUAGGGAAGUCAAGAAGUACUCAGCAGUUCAUGUGAAUGAAAAGGCUGCAAAUGUCAAUUCCAGUGUCUUUGAUCAUAUUCAGAUGAAACUCUUCCGAUCCCAAAGAAACCUCUAUCUCUCAGGUUUUUCCUUGUUUCUUUGGCUUGUAUUGAGACGUACUAUUACCCUUCUUAAUCAGCUGGCAAAAGAGAUGGCAUCUCAUGCAGCUCUGGAAAUGCAAGUGAACGAUGCUACUGAAGCAGCCAAAAAAUACCUGGCCAAGAUUGAAAGGCCACAGGAGGGCUUGAGUGAAAAAGGAAAUGGUGCAAAGAAAGAGUUAACAGAGGCAACUAAUGAAAAGUUGAGGAAGGAAGUUGAACUUCUGAAAGCAGAGUUACAGAAGACAUCAAAUGCUCUCCACAAGGCAAAUACUGAAGUGGCUGCAGUUAAAAAGCAGUCUGAAGGCCUUAAAAGAGAAUAUGAUAAUCUGAUGAAAGAAUAUGAACAGCUUCAGGACAGUUUAAAUAAAGAGGAAGACAAGAAAGACCUGUAGGUGUAUUCAAGACAGAUGGCAUCAGUACAGUUGCUUCAAUGAGAAGAGCCUUGUGCUGUUCAGGCUUCCAAUGUUUUCCUGAAACAAAACAUGAUUUUUCGGGAAAGCACAUGCACUGCAGGUCACUAUUCCAAUUCCUCUAAUAUAUCCUGAUUGCCAAAAUAUUCUGUGUUGCAAAUAAAAGGUUAAGUGGCUUACCCAAUUUACCAUACCUCACUGCUCUUGUGAGGAGAAACUCAAAAAUCUUUCAAUUCCAUUGGGAGCAACUUGACUGUUCUCCAAGUUUUUUGCCUUACACAAUGUUAACAGAUCCUGCACCAUUUGCUUGUAGCAUUUGAGCAAGGUUGUAUGUCGCACUAUUAUCAUAGACACACUUACGUAAACCUCCUUUGCAACACCUGUUUGGAGUCCUCAGAAAAUCAGUUACCAGUGGACUGAAGAAGGCUGAAAGCUUUUCAUCAGCUGUUCCACUUGAGUGUAAAAUUGAAUGACAAUCAGUCUAAGGAAAAUAAGGAAGGAUUUAGAAAUGUAGUUUUCCAUCUAUCUCACUGGCUUGUGACUUUCACUUAGCCAUGUGGAUGAGUGUAUUUUAACAAAUGAUAUUUUUGCAUGCCUCUGGUUUAUUGUUCUUCAAUAUAUCAUGUUGUUUCAAUUUUCAUGAUGAAAAUUUUGGGUUGGUUGGUAUUAUCAUUCUGUAGUUUUACACUGUUUACAUCUGUUUACGUUGUAUGUGCCACCUAACUUCUUUUGCCUUGCUAAGUAAAAAUUCUUUUUAAGUGUAGAUAGUUGGGUUUGUUUUAUUUUCAUGGAUAUGAUACCUCAAAUAAAUGUGCACUGUUUUGCAUAAGCCCUUCCUGGCAUUCAGCAAAUUGGUUUGAGUUUCUUUUUUGUCAGUUUGUUUCAGUUUUUAUUUGAAAGUUGGAUAUGUUGUAUUAAAAGUGUUGUUUAAGUUCA